AGGCGGGGGCCAAGGGCACUGACACGGGCCCAGGGGCAGGGCCGGGCAGAGCUAGGAGGGAGAGGCCCACCCUCUGCUUGGGCUCCUGCCUUGCUGUGCAGGGCCGGCUUCUCACCCUCGGGCUCGGGGCUACUCAGGGCAGGAGCUGGGGAGGCGCAGGGCAGUGGGCCCGUGGCCACCUCCGGCCAGCAUAGGGCUGCGGGUCGACUUGGAGCCGGCACCGUGUCCGCGCAGGCAGCCACGUGUUUGCACACACCUGAGGCCUUGGAAGGGGUCUGGCUGGACCCGGGCUGGGCGGGGCAGCCGGCUCCCUGGACACCGCUCUCCGCUCCGGGGCAGAGGUGCUGCACGGAGCCAUGGUGAUCAUGUCCGAGUUCGGCGCGGCCCCCGCGGGCCCCGGCCAGGGCCCGCAGAAGCCCCUGCGCGUGGGCUUCUACGACGUGGAGCGGACCCUGGGCAAAGGCAACUUCGCGGUGGUGAAGCUGGCGCGGCACCGGGUGACGAGGUCGCAGGUUGCAAUAAAAAUUAUCGAUAAGACACGGCUGGAUUCCAGCAACCUGGAGAAAAUCUACCGGGAGGUGCAGCUCAUGAAGCUGCUGGACCACCCGCACAUCAUCAAGCUGUACCAGGUCAUGGAAACAAAGGACAUGCUCUACAUUGUCACGGAAUUUGCCAAGAACGGGGAGAUGUUCGAUUACCUGACUUCCCAUGGGCACCUGAGCGAGAAGGAGGCGCGGAGGAAGUUCUGUCAGAUCCUGUCGGCCGUGGAGUACUGCCACAACCGCCGCAUAGUGCACCGGGACCUCAAGACCGAGAACCUACUGCUGGACGCCAACAUGGACAUCAAGCUGGCAGAUUUCGGAUUUGGAAAUUUCUACAACCCCGGGGAGCCUCUGUCCACGUGGUGUGGGAGCCCCCCGUACGCAGCCCCAGAGGUCUUUGAGGGCAAGGAGUAUGAAGGCCCCCAGCUGGACAUCUGGAGCCUGGGCGUGGUGCUCUACGUGCUGGUGUGCGGCUCGCUGCCCUUCGACGGCCCCACCCUGCCGAGCCUGCGCCAGCGGGUGCUGGAGGGCCGCUUCCGCAUCCCCUUCUUCAUGUCGCGAGACUGCGAGACGCUGAUCCGCCGCAUGCUGGUGGUGGACCCGGCCAAGCGCAUCAGCAUCGCCCAGAUCUGGCAGCACCGGUGGAUGCAGGCCGACCCCGACCUGCUGCGGGGGCCCGACGCCGCCCUGGCCGCGCACAGCUACGGCUGCAGCCUGGGCGACUACGACGAGCAGGUGCUGGGCCUCAUGCAGACCCUGGGCAUCGACAGGCACAGGACAGUGGAGUCCCUGCAGAACAGCAGCUACAACCACUUCGCUGCCAUCUACUACCUCCUCCUCGAGCGGCUCAGGGAGUACCACGCCGGCCCCGCCCCCGCCCGGCCCGGCCCCAGCAGGCCUCAGGGCCCCGGAAGCUCGGACCGCGGCGGCUUUGAGGCGCCCCAGGGAGUCCUUGCCGUCGGCCCCUUCCCAUCCUUGCUGUGCCCGCAGCCGCAGGCCCCAGCGCAGUCGGUCCUGCCGGCCGAGCCGGACUGCGACCUCCACAGCUCGCUGCAGCCCCUGUUCUUCCCAGUGGAUGCCAGCUGCAGCGGAAUGUUCCAGCACCGCCCCGUGUCCCCCAGCAGCCUGCUGGACUCGGCCAUCAGCGAGGAGGCCGGGCAGGGCCGCGGCUUGGAGGAGGAGCCGGAGGCCCAGGAGGCCCUGCCCAGUGGCACAGGCCGGAGGCACACGCUGGCCGAAGUCUCCGCCCACUUCUCCCCGCUCACCCCACCCUGCAUCGUGGUCUCACCCUCCGCCGCAGCCAGCCCCUGUGAGGGCGCCAGUUCCGACAGCUGCCUGCAGGAGGGCCUCGCGGCGCUGGGCGGCAGCGUGGCUGCCCCGGGGCUGCCGGGCACCUGCUCGCCGCUCAGGCUGGACUCACGGUUCCUGGGGGCACAGUCGGCCACGCCCAUGCUGCAGGCUCAGGGGGGCCCGGGAGGGGCCAUGCUGCUCCCCGUCAGCUUCCAGGAGGGCCGGAGGGCGUCGGACACCUCGCUGACUCAAGGGCUGAAGGCGUUCCGGCAGCAGCUGCGGAAGAGCGCCAGGGCCAAGGGCUUCCUGGGGCUGAACAAGAUCAAGGGGCUGGCGCGCCAGGUGUGCCCGGCCUCGGCCGGCCGCACCCCUGCCCAGAGCCCAGGCCUGCCGGAGGGCAGGGGCCUGCUGGGGGAGGUGCUGCACCAGCAGAGGCUGCUCCAGUUACAGCACCACCCGGUGGCCCCGCCCAUCGGCCAGCAGGCCCCCCAGCAGGCCCCCCAGCUGGCCCCCUGUGCGCUGGCCCCGGCCCCCUACGUGCUCACCCCCACGGACGGCCUGCUGCUGUCUGGGCUCCCGCUGCUGCCCAGCCACCUGCUGCCGGCCGUGUCCCCAGUGGCGUCCGCCGCGCAGCUCCUGGAUGUGCACCUGCGCAUCGGCGCCGGCCCGAGCACCCUCCCCGCCGUGCGCCCGCCGCUCCUCGCCCGGCUGGCGCCUGCGUGUGAGCCCCUGGGGCUGCCGCAGGGGGACUGCGAUAUGGAGGACCUGACCUCCGGGCCGCUGGGCACAUGCGUCCUGGUGCAGUGAGGGUCGGCCCGCCUGCGCCCCGCAUGGCCCACCGACUUCCAAGCAAUAAUUUGAGUAUGUGAACGUGUUUUUGGACUCGAAGCCAAGAACUUUCUAGAAGCAAACCAAGCAAUACGUUAGCUGUGUUGGCUUUGUUUUUUCCUUGCACUGAGUGACCUCAACGAUGAGUAGGGACUAGAACUUUUCUGAAGAAAAAUAAUGAUGGCGGGGCAGGCGGCCGGCCCGGAGCGGGGGUCCAGGGCCGGGCCUGGGGUCGCCGCCCCCAGAGGAGGCGAGGGCGCCGCGUCUCCACCUCUGGAACCUUUACGCUUUCCUGAAAACUGUGAACUCGUGUCUCCGUGGUGGUGGCAGAGCGGACCUGCGCGCCAGGGGUGCUCGGGGCCUGGGGGUCCCCGCCUCCAAGGAGCCGGGCGGGGCGGGGGGUUGUGCAAUACUCGGGGCCGGGGAGAGGGCUUGGGGGGGCUGUCGCUGGGAGCAGGUGCCGCCUGGGCACACGAGGAGGGGGCAGACACUGCUUGGUUUUAGUUUUCGCUACGCACGUUGAGGAUCGGGGGCACUCGGUCAUGGCCUCCAGGGCCAGACCAGGGGCCUGCUGCUCGCCCCCUGCCCAGGUGCCUUCUGUCCACUCCCCACCCGCAGUUCGGGCGCAGGUCGUGAAGACGGGCCCUGGGUCCCUGCUCAGAAUAGCCAAAGAUUGAGUGCAGGGUGGGCGCGCGGGUGGGCGGUGUCCCCGGCCCGUGCCCCUGCCGCCCCCACCUGCUGCUGCUGCUGCUGCUUCCUGGGCUGAGGGCACCGCCGGGCCCUGCAGGGACCCCCAGGUUUCUGGAGCGGAGAGUGGGCUCCACCCCGGGGCCAAGCGGCCCUUUGCCUUCAUCUGUCCGGAGCCUCCGCCCGGCCAAGCACUUUACUUCCGUCCUGAGAGGCGCGGACCCCGGCGUCCGCUCGCGGGGCCGGCGCCUGCGCUGUGCCGCCCAAGCCUAUUUAAAAACACUACAUGACCCGGUGGAGUUGUACAUAGUUGUUCUGUUUUUUAACCGUAACGGAGUUAUUUUAUUUCUUAUGUUACAUGAGAAACGUAUGCCAAACGGUUAGUUGUUUUCUUUUAUAAUUUAAUAUUUAAAUAAAAUA